GCAGAUCUUUGGAAGGAAAGUGUUCCGCAGGAGUGAAGGUUAAACAGUAGUGGUUUUCGAGUUACUCCAUGGAGGACACUGAUUCAGUGGAAUCCAUCCGGCUGAAUGGAUCCACAAAGCGCGUGUUCAUCCCUAAUGGUUCUUCUAAGCAUGAUUCGACAGGGAUACUUCCUGGCUUGACGCAAUUCGUCGAGAUGGGUAAAGUCGGCCAGGAAGACCAGAACUGUUCUGGAGUUCUAUCAACUGAUCUCGUCGAAGCAGAUAUGACAUUGGGAGGGCCAAAUCAACUGCUUCCCGCGGAAUCAUUCUGGACUUCCUCUCCGAAUGGUACUGUAAAACUACGCAUGGGGAAAAGUGGCCGUGAAGCCGCCGCCCCUGUUUCUGUUCCAACGAUUCUGAUGCGAACUGUGAAAAAAUAUCCCGACGUCAUUGCUUUAAGGCAACGGAAAGAUGAUCGGCAAGUUUUUAAGCUCAUCAUAUUCUGUUUCAUUAAACUUGGACUCCCAGAACGUGGCGGCGUGUGCAUUCUGGGAUUCAAUUCCCCGGAAUGGUUCAUAGCAGACUACGGUACUAUUUUUGCCGGGGGCCUUGUCGCAGGGUUAUACACAACGAAUUCAUCUGAUGCUUGCUUGCAUUGCGCACUUAACUGCUCUGCGAGUAUCUUCGUCGUAGAAAAUGAGAAGCAGCUAGAAAAAGUUCUAAAAAUCCGUCCACACUUGUCGGAACUAAAAGCCAUUGUGCAGUAUACUGGUGAAGUUUCCUCACCGGGAGUAUUGUCGUGGAAGCAGCUACUUGAAAUUGGUAUUGACGAAGACGAUACUGCUUUGGAGGAACGGCUUAAGAAGAUUAGUGUAAAUUCCGGGUGCACCAUUAUUUAUACGUCUGGAACAACUGGUCCUCCGAAGGGUGCUCUUCUUAGUCAUGACAACAUUACUUUCACGGCCGGGUGUGCCAUUGAGGUUGCAAAUUUGACGAUGCUGUCGGAGCAGGUCGUAUCGUACCUUCCUUUGUCGCACAUCGCUGCUCAGCUGUUCGAUCUGCAUCUGCCUGCUUCGAUAGCUGCUACUGUUACGUUUGCUGAUCCUGAUGCCCUGAAGGGUUCUCUUACGAAAACCUUGAAGGAAGUCCGCCCGACGCUGUUCUUGGGAGUUCCACGAGUUUAUGAAAAGAUGCAGGAAAAGAUGUUGGAAGUGGGAGGUCAGGUUACGGGAUGGAAACGAUCUCUGGCGAACUGGGCAAAGGCUACGGCCGUGAAUUAUCAUUCCCACCGAAUGUCACAUGACGGCCAAGCCCCAUGGUCUCCUAGUUUUCUUUUGGCUCGUUCGCUGGUUUUGAAGAAAGUCAAAGGAGCGCUUGGCCUUGAUCGCAUGAAAAUCAUGAUUUCUGGUGCUGCUCCAAUUUCCAAAGAAGUUCUAGAGUAUUUCUUGAGCUUGGAUUUGCCUAUCCAACAGGUGUACGGUAUGAGCGAAUGUACUGGUCCAAAUAAUUUCGAACGAUUUGAAGCCAUGACCGUUGGAUCUGUUGGAGAAGUCAUUCCUGGGGUUCUUUCCAAGAUUAACGAUCCUGAUGAGAAAGGCAAUGGAGAGAUCAUUAUAAAAGGACGUUCGGUAUUCAUGGGCUACCUUCAACAGCCAGAGAAGACGAAAGAGAUAAUCGACGAUGACGGCUGGCUGCAUUCCGGAGAUAUUGGCUGUGUUGAUGAAAGAAAGCGCUUCUUCAUAACUGGCCGAAUCAAAGAACUGAUCAUCACGGCGGGUGGUGAGAAUAUUCCUCCGGUUGUGAUCGAGGAACAGGUGCUGAAAGAACUACCGGUCCUUUCCAAUGCCAUGCUCAUUGGCGACAGAAGAAAAUUUUUAACCAUGCUCGUAACCUUGAAGGUUGUUGUAGAUGUGGACAGUGGAGAAAGCUGUGAUGAACUUCUUCCUGUAGCGCUCGACUGGUGUCGUAAAGUCGGUAGCUCUGCGAAGCGAGCAUCAGAGAUUCUCAAUGGACCAGACCAGAAGGUACUCGCUGGAAUUCAAGCUGGCAUUGAUCGUUAUAAUCGAAAUUCCGUAUCACAAGCACAAAGGAUCGGGAAGUGGAAGUUACUUCCGAAAGAUUUUACUCAACUGGGUGGUGAACUGGGACCCACCAUGAAACUCAUACGUCCAUCCGUUGUGGAGAAAUAUGCGAAGGAAAUCGAUGAAAUGUAUGCUGUGUAGAUGCCGCUUUUCUUUUAAUUAAAAGGGUGCUUUUUGUACUGCGGCUGUCGUUUGCAUAUGUUUCUCCGAAGAAUAGAUCGGAAGUGCGGGCCGGAGUGAUUGUCGGGAACGAUCCGCAUUUGAUUCGCCGCUGCGCAAGUUGGGCUGUGGUGUUGGCUUAUCUGUACUCCUAUUAAAUGUGUGCAUUGGAAUUGGGUCGGUUUUCUAUUUUUCUGAUGUGGGGUAUGUGUUGGUCGAAAUUUGGGUGAACUAUUUUUAGCCAUUAAGAUUUGCUGACAAUGGGUUGUUCUGGAAGCUCAUUUUUCGUUCUGUUGUAUGGCUGUUCGUGUGCCUUAUUGAAAUGCAUUCUGUUUUAAGCGGG